AUGAAGCCCAAGGUUGCCGCAGCUGGCGGUGGCGAGAAGGGCCGCACCGUGGAUCCAUAUUUGCCGCGGUUCAAGUGCCAGGAGUGCCACCGGGCGCUCGUGGUCGUCGGUGUGGAGUCCUUCCCUGAUAGGCUGCCCGCUCACACCAACUCAGGUAUGCAUGCAUCCUCUGUUCAAGGCAGUAUCAUGGGAGCGAGCAGGAUGGACAGUUCUUACGUCGUGCUAUCCAAGCAGAACAAAUCUCAAAGCCCUGGAAUUCCCCCACGCCCACCAACUGCAGCAGCCCGGCAUGUCGAAUCUAACCAAUCAACAAGAGCAAUAGAGGGGUCAUAUAUAAUGCUUCCACCUGCUGCUGCUUCCAUAUACAAGACUUCUGCCUCUGAAGGAGGUGAUGCACAUCUGCCACCUCCAAGUCCUAACUCCACUAGCCCUUUGCCAGGAAACAAUUCUGGAUUUCACUCUAGUGUGACUGUAUUAAAGCGAGCAUUUGAGAUUGCUAGUUCACAAACUCAGGUUGAGCAGCCACUCUGUCUGGAAUGUAUGAGGGUGCUUUCUGAUAAGAUGGAUAAGGAGAUUGAGGAUGUAAAUACUGACAUUAAAGCUUAUGAUGUGUGUCUUCAACGUUUGGAGCAAGAAUCCUACAACAUACUUAGUGAAACUGAUUUCAACAAGGAGAAACAAAAGAUAGAGGAAGAAGAGAAGAAACUAAAAGCUGCUAUUGAAGAGGCUGAAAAGCAAUAUUCAGAAGUUACUUCUGAGAUGAAGAAACUGGAAACAAAGUCUAAAGAAUUUGAAGAACUGGAAGAGCGGUAUUGGCAUGAAUUCAACAGUUUCCAGUUUCAGCUGACAUCUCACCAGGAAGAAAGAGAUGCAGUUUUGGCCAAGAUAGAAGUUUCACAGGUUCACCUGGAACUGUUAAAGCGCACAAACGUUCUCAAUGAUGCAUUCUAUAUUUCACAUGAUGGAGUGAUCGGAACAAUAAACAACUUCCGUCUCGGUCGUCUCCCUAAUGUACAGGUUGAGUGGGAUGAAAUAAAUGCUGCUUGGGGUCAGGCUGCUCUUCUGUUGCAUACCAUGGCUCAGUACUUCCCAAAAUUUAAGUACCGGAUCAAGAUUCACCCCAUGGGAAGCUAUCCAAGAGUAACAGACAUCAACAAUAAUACCUAUGAACUGUUUGGUCCUGUGAAUUUAUUCUGGAGCACCAGAUUUGACAAAGCAAUGACAUGGUUUCUGACUUGCCUACAAGAGUUUGCUGAGUUUGCCAUAAAUUUGGAUAAAGAGAACAAUGUUCCAUUUGAUAAGUCAUUGAAGCUACCCUACAAGAUUGAUGGUGACAAAGUAGGGAGCUACACAAUCUUCUUAAGCUUUAAUAAGCUUGAGAACUGGACAAAGGCAUUAAAAUAUAUGCUGUGCAACCUGAAGUGGGUUCUGUACUGGUUUAUUGGCAAUACAAGUUUCGCGGCACCAUCUGCAUCUCUGUACUUGGCGCAGUCUCCAAAGUGAUGUUAGACACAGACAGAGAGGCACUGACCUUAGAGGCUGAAUCGCUGACUGUAGCCGCAUGUUGACCAAUGGAAGUAACAAUGCACAUUUGAUGUACAUAAAAAUCAGGCAUAGCUAGCCACCUUGUUGCUUGCAAGUCAACAAUUUAUAUGCACCGCAUGAGGUCCAUUAUUAUGUAUCAGUUGUGCAAUUCAGAUAAAUUGGAAUGACAGCAAAAUAGUACCGUAUAGUUUUAAAUCCA